UUGGUUCCGUACUAUUUCUUGGCCGGUCGGCUUCAGGUGAACCGGGAGACUGGCCGAUUGGAACUGGUUUGUAACAAUGCCGGCGUUGUGUUUGUGAAUGCGAAAUCGAAGGUAAUGAUGAAGGAACUUGGGGAUUUGUCUCUUCCGAAUCCGAGUUUUUGUCAGUUUGUUCAUCGGCCUGGACUCCAUAGAAGCCUCCCGGAAAGAGCUCUGUUUACGAUUCAGGUUACAAAGUUCGCAUGCGGCGGCUAUGCGAUUGGAAUGGUGACGAACCACGGCGUUUUGGACGGCAAAUCCGCCGCAGAUAUGUUCCAAAACCUAGCCUCAAUCUGCCGCGGCCAAGGCCUCAAAACCCAAACCAUUUUCAACAAUAGAACAUGCUUCAAAGCUCGAAUCCCCCCUCUUAUCACACACCCUCACCAAGAAUACACUUGCAUUUCUCCAACUCAAAAACUCCCCUCCGCCUUCACCACCGUCACCAAGCUCUCCCCCUCUCCAGCGCCGCCAAUCGCCGUCGAAAACCGCCGUCACACCGUUAUCCCUUUCUCCCCCUCCACCAUCGCUGCCCUAAAGCGUACCGCCGCUCCGUGUUCCACCUUCCAGGCCAUAUUGGCCCAGCUCUGGCGGGCCAGGACUCGAGCGGUUUAUACAGACCGGCCGGAUGAAAUCUCCAUGGUUCUCUUUGCGGUUGAUGUCCGGUCCAAGAUCCGCCCGGUUCUCCCCGAUGGGUUCGUCGGGAACGCAGUGGUGACUGGGUUUGCGGCGGCGCGUGCGGCGGAGGUGGUGGAGCGGCCGUUUUCGUUUUGCGUGGAGAAGGUGAAGGAGGGGAUUGAAAGGGUCUCAACGGAGGAGUAUGUGAGGUCGGCGAUUGAUUGGCUGGAGGUUUAUAGAGGCAUUCCGGCGACUUGUAAUGGGAAUAGCUUUUAUGUUUCGGCUUGGUGGAAAUUGGCGUUUAGGGAGCUGGAUUUCGGGUUCGGGAAGCCGAUCCACGGUGGUCCGGUGGCAAAUGGGAACGAUGAGUUUGUGCUGUUGCUUUCUCCGGCCAACGGCAGCCGGGGGAGUACAAGUAGUGUCAAUGCUUGGAUCAGUAUGGAGGAGGAGAAGAUGAAGAAGUUCUUGCACCAUGUAUUUGCAAUAUGAUCAAAU